AUGGCUGGGAUAGCCCUGGAGUUCCUAAGUCCUGGGAAUGCCCUUGAUGGCAAUCAUGGUGGGAUUCAAUUCAAGAACUUCCAGUACCUGCUGGCUCUGGUGUUUGCUGUCGAGGAAAUCAACAGGAACCCCCAUCUCCUGCCCAACUUCACUCUAGGAUUUGAUUUCUACAAUGUCAUACACAGCAACAAGUGCACCCUGGAGAAUGCUUUCACAUGGCUGACAGGGCUGGACAGAGGAAUUCCUAACUACACAUGCAAGAGAGGGGGCAAGGCUAUGGCAGUCGUAUCAGAGACAAGCAUUUCCAUCCAGAUGGGGACGCUGCUGGAACUGUACAGAAUCCCACAGCUCACAUUCGGCCCUUUGGAUCCUCUUCUGAGUGACAACAGCCAGUUUCCCUCUGCCUAUCAAAUGGCCCCAAAGAACACUUCUCUGGCCCUUGCCAUGAUCUCCCCGAUGCUGCACUUUGGCUGGACGUGGGUGGGUCUGAUUGUCUCAGACAAGCAGGAGGGUGUGGUGUUUUUGUCCCAUUUGAGAGCAGAGAUGCAGGAGCACGGCCUCUGCCUGGCCUUUGUGGAGGUGAUCGCUGUGUAUCAGAUCCAGCCUUCCCUGGCAGAUAGGCACAGAAUGCCCACCCAAAUCAGCAGCUCAUCAGCCAGUGUGGUCAUUCUCUUUGGUGACACAGGAUCUCUCAAGUAUGAGAGCUUUCAGACAUGGCAGUCUCUGAUAACAUGGAAGACCCCACACUCAGUGUGCAGCGCCAGCUGUAGCCCUGGGUUCAGGAAGACUGCCCGCAAAGGGGAGCCUGCAUGCUGCUUUGAUUGCAUCCCCUGUCCAAACAACAAGAUUGCCAAUGAGACCACUGCCGUCCAUGGGGUCUUUGUGAAGCACCAGGACCCACCCAUCGUCAAGGUCAGUCACCACACCCUCAGCUACAUCAUACUCAUCUCACUCCUCCUCUGAUUCCUCUGCUCCUUCCUCUUCAUUGGGCAUCCCAACACAGCCACCUGCCUCCUAAGACAAAUUAUGUUUGUCCUCGUGUUCACAGUGGCUGUUUCUGCUGUGCUGGCCAAAACCAUCACUGUGGUUCUGGCCUUCAAGACCAUAAAACCUGGAAGGACCAUGAGGCGAUUGCUGGUGUCAGGAGGCCCAAAUGCUGUCAUUCUCAUCUGCCUCCUCAUCCAACUGACUCUCUGUGGCAUCUGGCUGGGAGUUUCUCCUCCCUUUGUGAACACCGAUGCACACUCUGAGCAUGGACACAUCAUCCUCUUGUGCAACGAAGGCUCCAUCACUGCCUUCUACUGUGUGCUGGGAUUCCUCGGAUUGUUGGCCCUGGGGACCUUCACUGUGGCUUUACUUGCCAGGAACCUGCCUGACAAGUUCAAUGAAGCCAAGUUCCUGACAUUCAGCAUGCUGGUGUUCUGCAACAUGUGGGUGACUUUCCUGCCUGUGUAUCACAACACCAAGGGGAAGGUCAUGUUGGCAGUAGAGGUCUUCUCCAUCUUCGUCUCCAAUGCAGAUCUCCUGUGCUGCAUCUUUGCCCCCAAGUGCUACAUGAUUCUCAUAAAGCCUGAAAUGAAUUCUUUGCAAGUUUUUCAAAAUGCCAGAGAUUCUAGAAGAAACAGGAAGACUGUUUCAUUAUCUUGCAACACUUCAUCACCCUGA